AUGCGCAGUCUCGAGGCAUGGCAACCAAAGUCGAGUUUCUCGGCGAUAUUUGUACUUAUGCCCGUUUACGCGGUUGGCAGAGCACAAUACUUGUGCGUCACGCCCGGCCAGUCGACGUCGGACGAGGCCAGUCAUGCGCGUGGACACUUGAAGGCGCGAAGAGCGCUGACACUCUUCUCUUCUGCCUUCAGCCUCCGCAUUCAGGUCGUCAAGUGUACUCUUGUCAGCAUCCCUUCCGGUCGGUUGCAGGCUCCACUUUCAACUCACCCCGUCUCUGUCCAUUGUCCCGCAUGUCCGCUCGCCUCUGGCCCGACCAUUGUCUUCCGAACGAGUCUGGGGCUUUGGCUCACCCUGUGGCCGCCCCCCCUCCCUCUCCAUCCCACCCCACCUCACCCCAUCUUGGCCAUGAGAGGUGCCAACCUUGCCGCGUAUGUGGCAUCAAAUAAAAGAGAAGAUGUACAGUCGCGUGGUUGUCUGUCCACAGACUCAGAGUUGACGAGGGUGAGAGGACGAGUGAGAAGGAAAGCCAGGCUAGUUGGGAUGAAGUUCCUACGUCGUCGCUACUCCGCCGCCUCGCAUCAGGACUCAAGGACAGACGGGCUCGAGCCCUGGCACACGCAUUGCCAAGCUUUGGUUCAGGCUGCUUGCUCGUAA